AUGCGGAAGGUCCUCCCACCACAUGCCAAAAUUUCCGAUGACUGCAAGGAAAUUAUCCAAGCAUAUACAUCGGAAUUUAUUAGUUUCAUCACAUCGGAGGCCAACGAGCGGUCCCGUUGUGACUGUCGGAAGACGGUUAGCGCGGAGGACGUUCUCUACUCGCUCAACCAUCUAGGGUUCCAUAACUACGUCAACCCUCUCACUUUAUAUUUGUACAAGUAUCAACAAAGAGAGGCGGCUCGAACGGUAGUGCGUGGAGAUCCUUUUGUCCGGCGCACUACGGAUUUCUCUACCAUAGUGCAACAAUCUACAGCUGCACCUCUGCCUCCUCCUUCGCCUCCUCAGCACGUGCCACCACCUUAUAUGCCGAAUAUGAUUACGACAGCUUCCAGUCACGAGAACUAUCACCAGCAUGGUUUGUAUGGUCAAGUACCAACAAGCUCUUUCCACUACUAUGACAGUGGUGCUAGUAGUAGUGAUACUACUCAAGGACAAGGGGAAUCUUCUUCAAAUUCUUCUCUUGCUCCAUUUCAUCCUUUUUCUAGAGGAUUUGAUCCUUCUCGGAUUGAACGGAAUAGAUUUGCCGUCAGAUCUGGACUUGAAAUGGUUUACUUCAAUAUGAGAAGUCAUGGUGGGUUUUCCCAUUGGGAUAUUGAAAUGGCUACAAAGGCAUACAUGUUGCAAACAGGACUAGGGAAGGUCAAGUUAGAACUGAUCAUUGGCCUCUUAUUGGUGUUCAUGGUGAAGGUUUCGCGAGUGUGUAUUUUGUUGGCCCUCAAGGGUGGAAGAUCACCGAGGAUAGUGAGAUGGAUGUCAAUGAACGCGUGA